AUGACGAAUGGUGUCACAAUUCAAUAUAUAUAUCGUUAUAAGAACAAUAAAGAGUAUAUUAAACCAUUAGUAAUUUUGCCAACAGAAAUUAAACCAAAGGUAAAGGAACCAAUAAUAGAAGUAUUCUUCUUUUCUGAGAACUGUGCACAUUGUAGGACACAUUUAGAUUCUAAUUUCCCUUGUUCCAAUAGAAAUUGCUCAAUUCUCUCCCUUCGAAGAUUUGUGACUUAUUUAUUAUCAUCCAGAAGAACAUUGGAUAUUUGCGUAUACUUUUUAACCUGUUCUCUUAUUGUUAAACAAAUUCUUAAAUUAAAAAGGAGAAAUAUAUAUAUCAGAGUUAUAACAAAUAAAGAGGCUCAAGAUGUGGAGCCUAUGCAAAUUUUGAUUUUACGCAGAGCAGGUAUUCAAAUAAGAAGUAGAAAAUCUACAUAUCUAAUGCAUCACAAAUUUGCUGUAAUUGAUAAUGAAAUAUUAAUUACUGGAAGUGCCAAUUGGACAUUACAAGCUUUCUUUGGUAACUGUGAAAAUCUUAUAAUUACAAAUCAAUGUGAACUUGUUCAGGCUUAUAGCUUAGAAUUUGAAAAGCUUUGGUUUAGAUUUCGAAUGAAUAAGAAAGCAGUACUAUAA